GGAGUGUCUUGUCCUAAGGGAGGCCCCCUGUCGGUGCAACUCCGCCCAAUCAGCUGUUUCCUUAAGCCCAACGGAGCUCACGACAAAACUUUCUCCUCACUUUUGUCCAGUCCAUAGUGAAUUCAUGGUUGACACCGGCCAGUUUUGUGCUUUGGAUCCAAUUUCGGCGUGAAUCCAGCAACAAGUGGCGCGUCAGCAUGUCCCUGGCGGAUCAGCAGUGGUGUCCGACAAGCGUCCAGGUAACAGUACUCCAAGCCAGAGGCCUCAGGAUAAAGGGGAAAAACGGCACGAACGAUGCGUACGCGGUCAUGCAAGUGGGCAAGGAGAAAUAUCACACCUCGGUGGUGGAGAAGAGCGUGGCACCGGUGUGGAAGGAGGAGGCCUCGUUCGACCUGCCGCAGCUACAGCAGUACGGAGGUGGAGGAAGAGGAGGCACGGAGCGCUCCACGCUACAUGUCCACGUCCUGCACCGGGCCCUGGUGGGUCCAGACAAGCUGCUCGGACAGGCUGUCAUCGACCUGCCGCAGCUCAGUGAGAACAAAUCCCGCAACAAGACCGAAUGGUUUAAACUACUGGACAAGGCUGGCAAGGCAGACAAGGACAGAGGAGAGGUGCUUGUGGACAUCCAGUUCAUGAGAAACAACAUGACUGCCAGCAUGUUUGACCUUUCUUCUGCCGGUAAAUCCAGAUCUCGCCUGGGCAAGUUCAAGGACAAAGUUCGUGGCAAGAAAAAGGAAUCAGAUUCUGCGUCCACCGUGGUGCCAUCCUUCACUCAGGUUCUGACAGACAGCGAGGAGGAGGGAAAUGGAGACGGUGAGGUAGCGGCGGGCAAGGAUGGAAAAAAGAAGAAACAUAAGAUGAAGUCAUUGUUUUCUCCCAAGUCUAAUCUGCAGAGGAACAUGUCUCAGUCCAUGUCUGUUCUGCCUGCAAAGAACUCCUCGCUGAGCGGUAGCCAGUCAUCUGGUCUAAAUGUGGAUUCCUCUGAAGGUAAAAAGAAGUUUAAGUUCAUGAUACACAAACGUUCAGGCAGCUCAGACAGCAAAGAUUCCUCCUCCGGCCACCAAAAACACGCCGCUGCUGAACAGAGUAACUUGUGCAUUAAUGGCAGUCAUAUAUACUGCGAGGAGCCGCUGCCCCGGACCUCUCGCAUCGGCUCAAACUUCAGUCUGGCCAGUUCAGGCCACGGAUCCAUGGAAGACGUCCCUGAAAGCUCUCCCCCAUCUGUUGAUUCACUAAGGGCAGUGGGGCAAUAUUCACCGUGGACAGAGGAAGAGGAGGAGGAAGAGACAGCUGAAGUAGAAAAUAUAAAAGAGAGUGAGGAUGGACUAAGAAGGGAGGAAGAGGAAAGGAUUAGGAUGGAGGAAGAAAGGAGAAAAGAAGAGGAAGAGGAGAGGGUUAGAAAACAAGAAGAGGAGGCUGAGAGGUUGGCUGAGGAAAAGAGAAGACGAGAGGAACACGAAAGAAGAAGAACUGAGGAAGAAGAAAAAAGGCAAAGAGAGGAGGAGGAAAGGAUUAGGAGGGAGGAAGAAAGAGCUCAGGAAAAGAGGAGACAAGAAGAAGAGUGUAAAUUAGCAGAAGAAAAGAGGAGACUGGAGGAAGAAGAAAGAAAGAGAACUGAAGAAGAGAAAGUCAAAAAGGAGGAAGAGGAGAGAGCUCAGGAAGAGAGGAGGAGACGAGAGGAAGAGGAGAGAGCAAGACGAGAAGAAGAGCGUGAACGAUUGGCUGAGGAAAAGAGGAGAGUAGAGGAAGCAGAAAGAAGGAGAAUUGAAGAAGAAGAAAAACGGCAAAGAGAUGAGGAGGAGGAGAAAAAGAUUAAGAUGGAGGAGGAAAGGGCUCAGGAAGAGAGGAGGAGAAAGGAGGAAGAAGAGAGGGCUAGGAGACAGGAAGAAGAGCAUAAAUUAGCAGAGGAAAAGAGGAGACUAGAGGAAGAAGAAAGAAGAAGGAAUGAAGAAGAGAAGGUUAGACAGGAGGAAGAGGGGAGGAGAAGGAAGGAGCAGGAAGAGAAGAAGAAACAAGAGGAAGAGAUGGUGAAAAGACAAGAAGAAGAGCGUGAGGAAAAGAGGAGGCUCGAGGAACAAGAAAGAAGGCAAAGGGAGGAAGAGGAAAGGAAGAGGAAAGAGGAAGAGGAAAAGACUAGGAGGGAAAAGGAGGAAUAUGAGAGAUUGGUAGAAGAAAAGAGGAAACUAGAGGAGGAAGAAAGGAAACAGAUUGAGGAGGAGGAGGAAAGAGUGAGGGUGGAGGAAGAGAGAAAGAGGAAUGAAGAGGAGAAUGUCAGGAAGCAAGAAGAAGAGUGGAAGAAGUUAGCAGAGGAAAAGACACGACUGGAAGAGCAAGAAAGGAGGAGAGUUGAGGAAGAAGAAAAAAGGCAAAGAGAGGAAGAGGAAAGGAUUAGGAAAGAAGACGAGAGGAGACAAGAGGAAGAAGAGAGGGCUAGGAAGGAAAAGGAAGAAUAUGAGAGAUUGGCAGAAGAAAAGAGGAAACAAGAGGAAAAAGAAAGGGAAAGGAUUGAAGAAGAGGAGAGAACUAGACAGGAAGAGCAGGAAAGAAUUAGGAUGGAGAAUGAGAGAAGGAGACAAGAGGAAGAAAACAAGAUUCUUGAGAAGGAGAAAAUUCAAAGGGAGGAAGAGGAGAGAAUUAAGAGGGAGGAGAAAGCUGAAGAGGAGGCCAGGAAGCUGGAAAAAGAGAAAGUAACAAGAAAUGCAGAGGAACAGAAGAGUACAGAAAAGAAAACAAAACACAACGAUGCUGGGACAAAAUCCAAAGUGGAGAGCUCUGUAGAAGUCACUUCUAGUAAUCUAUUUGAUGAAAACUUUUCCAAUAAUCCUUCUGAGGAGAGUCACAACUCAUCUGCUGGACCUGACAGCAGCACAGCCAAAGGGCCAGUGGUUCAACAAAGGAGUCAAUCUGCUGUGUCAUCGCUGGGAAGCAAGACUGCUAUCACUGAUGAAAAGGAUCUUAUUAGCACUCAACGGGAGAAGCGACAAGCUCCUCAGCCUCCAGGAAGAACUCAAGCUCAGAGAGAGAAUCACAGGGAGCAUGACGGAUCUACACGACAUCUGGCACAAAUUAACAAACAAAGCAAAGACAAAGAUGUCAAAACAGUCAGCAUUCUCCCGCAGCGCUCGGUGCAAAUGAUCACUCCUCUGAGUAAGUCCCCCACAGAUGCAAAGAGCGCCCAGAGCUUGAUGGAAAGUAGUACAGCCAAAGUGACAACUAAUGCAGUUAAACACGGUAAACGCCCUGCACCAUCUAGACCCCGUUCCGUGGAUAACGGGUCAUCAUCUGGACCAAAAACAGCCUCGUCUUCUGAUAGCAAGAUUCCCAGUAGCUCAGAGGCAAAACAAGAGCCGACCGUUUAUGGCUUAAAUCCAUUUGAAGAUGAUGAAGAUGAAAAUGAGCUCACAGCCCAAGAUGAUACAACAACUAAUACUGGUCCAGUUCGAUGGCCUCCAGCUGUGGCCCAAGCUGCUGAUAAAGAUGGCGACUCUCAAGCAAAAAUUAAAUCCUCGAAGAAGACCCGUGCUCCCUCGUUUCCUGUAAAGACGGCUGCCACGUGGAGCACUUCAGUCACCAAAAACACUCAAGGAAGCUAUGAUACAAAUGAUGUGACUGUACCUGAUAACGGUGUAACCUACCCGUGUGUCCAGGAGACUGCAGUUCAAGAGUCGCGGCCUGCAGUGAUGCAAAGCACAGGGGAGAAGCCAGGUGAAAAGAAGGAGGGGCCUCCUGCAGCUUCCCGGAGGCUUCUACCAGUAAAGCCCCUUAAUCCUCAGGCACAGCAGCCUGUCUCAGUAGUUCAAGUGGAAAUACACAACAAAUCAACAGGAAUCCUCAGUGAAGUUCAGGAGAAGACAAAGGUAAAUGACACCGGACUGAAAGGGCCAUACUCCCAGCUGACUCGGGAGGAACUCAUCGCUCUGCUGCUUAAACAAGAAAACCAGCUCUCAGAGAGAAACAAAAAGAUAUCAGAGCUGGAGGAGUACAUUGACAACUUGCUUGUGCGUGUCAUGGAAGAGAAACCGAGUAUUCUCAUGUCAUUGAACUCUAUGAAAAAAACUGCAUAGGUGGACUUGCAGCACUUUAUUCCCAGUGAAACAUCCUGGUUUUUACGAGGUUUGAACAGUUUAUGGUUGAAGUUCAAAAUACUGAAAAAUAAAUAAUGAUUAAAUAUAUUUUGUAAAAUGAGUCUUACAGAGGCUGUUACCAUUAUGUCAAUUUGCAAUCAGAGAAAGAUAUUUUUUCUAAACAUUUAGUCAUAUUUUGGACCCUUUGUCACAGUAUGUAUAUGUGUGAAGUUCAAACAACCCUAUUUUCAUGUUGAGCAUAAAAUUAGUUCCAGAAAUAACUUUGGUAAAUGUUGACUAUUGCUAUCAUGUCUGACUUAAGUACUGAAUAUUAAAUGAUUAAAAUAUA